AUGCGACUUCUACAUAAGCAAGACAAGGCCCCAAAUCGCUUUUUCCGUUCUCUUGAGGAUGUCAUACGGCACGAUACUCAAUGUAUUAAGCGCUGGCUGAUGCUCAUGGAAACAAUUUGCAGUGCACAGGUCUAUAAUCAGGCAAAAAAUAACAAAUCACAAACAUUGGAAGCUUUGAGCACUCUGCUACCAGAAGGUCUUCGUUGGAUUGGGCUCAAUGAUGUUUUGGAAAAGCUAGCUUUUGCAGAUGGCAAUUCAACUCUUCCUUUCCCACCCCAAACCUCCGUUGAGGCGUAUAAUUUUGUAAAAUCGCGACAUCAACCAGGCCCUUUUGAACUAAUCGCUGAAAAGUUUCACAAGAGUCAAUGUACUGCAAAUGAUUCUGUUGCUAUUCGAGAACAACAGCUGACUGUGAUCGAAAAGUUAAUUUCGCUUUUCAAGAACAUGGACUUUUCCAUCUUCACUGAACCCCUAAUGAAUGAUGAUUCCCUGACUUUUAACAUGCUUUGUCGCGACUGGUUAAUUACUGACCCCAACACUGAAUUACUUGAGCAGCCCUCCCCUCCUAAACAAUUAAUUCGAUCAGCUGCGUACAACCACAGACGCGCAAGACAAUUAGUGGGUACUAGCGACGCCGUCAGUAACACUCGUGAUAACCAUCGCUUCGUUUGUCCCAUUCCCUCAUGCCUUCGCGCAAGACCUGAGGGCGCCUUUAAGCGGCGGUACCUCCUACGCGAGCACCUGAAUUUUCACAGGAAGGAACAGCCCUUCUGCUGCAACCGAUGCCCCAAGCGUUUCACGUCACGCCAAAACUUGGCGCGCCACCGGCUUGCCCACGCUGGUACGUUUGUGAACAACUUUCUCCUUCCAAAAGCCCAUUCAAAGUUUCUUUUAAUAGUGGUAGAUUAUGCUACGGUAGUUUUUAGGAUUAGAAGUCAAACUAGCCUUCGUUUCCCCUGUUUUCCAACAUUUCUUCUAAGCUGUUCGUACGGUUCCUGCGAGAUCCCGACUUUUCUCUGCAGCAGCGUAACGUACACCUGCCCUGAAUGUCGCCACGUCUUCGUGCGGUCUUCCGACCGCUCCAAGUGUCUACGAAAUCACAGACUGCAACGUAGUUCUGCUGAAGAGGAGGUUACCUCGGCAACCCCGUCCACUGUGGUCGCUAAGCCUGCAAAUGCAAUCAUGGCGUUUGGUGCGAGCAAAGCUACCGGGCCCUACAUCUGUCCUGUUUGUCCUGGCCAACGCGACUACAAGCUCGACUCUUCCUUGCGGAAGCACAUCCGCCUGCAUCAUCCCGACUACAAACGAAGCCCGACGUGCAGCCAACUUCCCCGAGGGGAUCACUCCUUCGCUAAGGCGGCACCACCUCAGUCGAUGGUGGGCUCAAAAAGGACCCCGGUAGAAAAUGAGACGGUGGUGAAUUACAGUCUGAAAACCGCUGCUGUGGCAGAUGUAUCAGAGUCGACGUCACAAUUGCAGACUGGCGGUGGCACUAGUGCUGAAGCCUAUAUCUUAUCCACCGGGGAGCUAAUCUACGCAACAGACACGCAGUAUCCUGCAUACGAAAAUUUCAUUCCCAUCGGUGGUGGUACAGAUGGAAGUAGUAAUGAACAGCGUCCCGCCAUCCUAAUGGAAUUGACGUCAACUCGGCCGGCGACGGUUGGUGAGGAUCCACGAAGACUGGCUCACAGUGCUGUGCUCGACACCACCGAGGGCUCCUUACUGCUCACUCACUGUCUUCCUGUUGAUCUCUGCACCUCGGCUCUGUGCUUAACCGUUACCGAUGCCCCGGUUCCCACGUCUCUGUCAUCUACAAACCAGCAACACACGGUUAUUCCCGUUGAUCCCGCCGUCUGUCCUUCCAUGACAGAGGGAGCCCUCGAUCUGACCGACAUACCCCACGAGGUAAUCGAUCUGUCUCACAGCCAUCCCGUCGACCUGAGUGGAACGCAUCCGCAACCGCCAAGGCCGUCCAUGUGGGAACCAGAGCCGGGGUUCAGCUUUACCGACCUUCUCAACGUGGACGAUGAGGACCCACGAGGGCUGCUGCUGGCUGACGGAUUCGAAUCAGGGCUGGAUUUGCGGCUCCCUGAACCGCUGUGA